AUGGUUCAGGCGAUUCCCACAUAUAUCAAAGAGGCGUGGAACGCAUGGAACAUCAGAGGAAUGGUGAUUUCCAGUCUCACGAUUCAGACAAUUCUCAUUCUCUUUGCUCCUUCGAGGAAACGAACAUCCAACAGGUUCCUUGCUUUGGUCCUGUGGUUGUCCUAUCUCUUAGCAGAUUGGUCUGCAAACUUUGCUAUCGGUCUCAUUGCUAAGAAUCAAGGGAAAGAACUAAAACCAGAUGAUCCUCCACAAGAUCAGAAGCUCAUGGCUUUGUGGGCACCCUUCUUGCUCUUGCAUCUUGGUGGACCCGACACCAUCACUGCAUAUUCUCUCGAAGACAAUUCUCUUUGGCACAGACACUUCCUCGGCCUCGCUUUACAAGCUGUCUCUGGUGCAUAUGUGGUUAUCCAAUCUCUACCCAAUACGCUUUGGAUGAUCAUAAUGUUUUUGUUCAUUGCUGGGACUUUCAAGUAUCUGGAGAGAACGAUUGCGUUGUACCUUGCAAGCUCGGAUAAGUUCAGAGGCUCCAUUCUCAAGGUGUCUGAUUCAGAUUCCGAUGAGACUGACGACAUGGAGAAGGUAGUCAUGCAUCCCUCUGGAAAGUCCGUGCAAGAGUAUGGCAAACAAAAGAGACCAUUAAAGCUAGAAAAGCCUGGGAGGGAUUUGACAGACCUCGAGAUUCUUCAGUUUGCUUUCUGGUUCUUCAACAACUUCAAGAGUCUUCUGGUCAAUAACAUCUUUACCUCUGAGCAGAGAGAUGAGAGCAGGGAGUUCUUCAGCAAGUUGAAAGACGAAGAAGCUUUGAGGAUUCUAGAGGUGGAGCUCGGCUUUAUCUAUGAAGGUUUGUACACAAAAGUUUCGGUUUUUCAUAGUUGGGUUGGGGCUGUGACUCGGAGCAUAGCCUUGGGAUCUCUUGUGUCAGCUUUCUUCAUCUUUCAUUAUAGACCCAAGAAGGUUCAUGAGUUUCAUGGAGCAGAUAUAGUGAUCACCUACACUCUCUUCUUAGUUGGAAUAGCUCUGGAUCUCACAUCACUCCUCAUGGCCAUACCCUCAGACUGGACAUUUGCUGUCAUCAGUAGGCUUAAUGAAGACGAUGCAGACAGUGGCUCACGGAUAGACCACCAAAUCAACUGGUUUCUUGGUCUAAAGAGGCUGCAAUGGAAGACACAAACAUGCUGCGAGGGAAGAGUAAAGCAUGAGGUGCUUAACACACCGUUUCUACUCCAAAGAUGGGCAGGAAACAUCAAGCUGUUCAACUUCCUUGCGUACUCUGUGAAAGCAGAUAUCGAGAGGAUCCAUGACACCAAGGGACGAAGACGCCGGCGUGUAUGGAAGGCUAUACUUCUCCCUUUCAUUCACACAAACAACAUCCUCAAGAAAAUCUGCACAAGCAUCGCCAUAUGGAAUCAUGAUCUUCGCCAGUAUGUCAAGUAUGUCAUAAAUCAGUGGUCUAGCAAAAACCCAGUAGCUCGUUAUGGUAUAGUAAUUGUUGAGUUUUGGUUCUUGAUACCUCACUUCUUCACGUUUAUCAUCAACUGCAUCACCAACUUACUCGGCAUCGACGAUCUGCUGGAUGACAUCAACCUGACAAGAUCUGUACACAGUGAACCCUUGACAAAAGAGCUCUGGAUUUUCAUAUUCACUGAGCUGCGAUCUAGACUCCAGCGUCCAGACAAGAAGAGAAGCAAAACAAAAGCCGGAAGGAAAGGAUGGGCUUCCGGCGACAUUAAGUUAGAAAUGGCGGAUCCGGAACAGCUGAUGCGUUACAUAGCAGAUGUUGAUUACGACCGGAGCCUUAUGCUGUGGCACAUAGCAACUGAGCUGUGUUACCGAGAAGAAGCAUCCACUGAAGAGAACUGCAACGACCGUGAGCUAAGCAAAAUGCUGUCGGACUACAUGAUGUAUCUGUUGAUUAUGCAGCCAAAGCUCAUGUCGGAGGUUGCAGGGAUAGGGAAGAUCAGGUUUAGAGACACAUUGGCCGAAGCUAAGAGAUUCUACAAGAGGCGGUAUAUUGAGAACUCAGGGGAUGUGAAAAAAUCAAGCGAUGAAAUCCUUUCGGUCAGGAUAGAGAUUCAUCCAAGUAAUGUUAAGGGAAACCAAAGCAAAUCUGUGUUGUUCGAGGCUAGGGCGCUGGCGAAAGAACUCAGCAAGGUGAGUGAUCGUGGAGAAAACAAGUGGAGAGUAGUGAGCAAAGUGUGGAUGGAGUUGUUAUUCCACGCAGCAUGCAACUGCGACGCUACAGCGCGCAUGGAGCAGCUGAGCAAAGGAGUAGAGCUUAUCAACUUUGUUUGGCUAGCAGUGGCUCACCUCGGCCUUGGAGAUCAGUCGAAUUCAUCAGAAAGUGAGGCCAAACUGGAUUCAAGGUGA